AUGGACCAGGCAGAUAUCCCCGCGCUCUUGUCGCGGCUCGCGAGCGACGAGGAUGUUGCCCGGAAAAUGGCAGUCUUCAAACUUCAGUCCUCCAUCAACGACCCGGCCUUCGCAGACGUCUUCAUCUCCUCCGGCGGCCUCGUCCUCCUUCGACGCCUCAUCAUGACCAACGGCGGGAACACGCUUGCCUACUCCCUCCAGAGCCUGACGAGGUUACUGGAGGUGGACAUGGGAUGGGAUAUCUUCGAGGGUCCCGCCGCCGGGGACCUGGUCGAGCGCAUCGUCGAGCUCAUCGUCACCAACCCGCUCGUCAACAUCCUCCGCGGCGCCAUGUCCAUUCUAGUGGCCCUCGUCAGCCACUCGCAGUCCAGCACCAGCCGCGGCGCCGUCCCCGCCGUCCCGGGCUCGUUCGGUUUCCGCGCCCUCAAGCCUGCCGUCGCCGUCUACCCCCAGUUCUUCGAGCACGUCAUCGCCCAGCUGCGGUCCGCCGACCACGCCCUGUGCGGUAACGCCCUGAUGCUCAUUAAUGCUCUCAUACGCGAUGUGGUCUCGGGGGAUGCUGCUGCUGCUGCUGCGGCCCCGACCACGACGGCGGGCAGGGGAGGUUCCUCCUCGACGGAGGACUGGUCCAAGUUCAUCAAGCGGUUGCAAGAUUUGGGACUCAUCAAGGCGGUGUAUGACCUAUUGCAGAGUUCGGCGUUGCAGGAUCUCGCCCACCCGCUGCUCGAGUUUCAGUCCUUGACGAAGAUGCUGCUGAGGAAGUGGAGGGACGUGAGGGUCGAUGUGGAGCGGGCCGAACACCGGCGUGGUCUGAAGGGAUUACACCUCGCCAGCGCGCCGGACAGACAACCUCCGGGUGGAGUAACGUCAGACGAACCAACCGAGGGAGCGAGGAAAGGAAGCCGACGCCAUAACCCGGAAAAAUGGAGGAGGUUGGGUUUCGAAACGGAAAGCCCCGCCCAGGAGUUCGAAGUGACCGGCUUCCUCGGCAUGAUGGACCUGACCGACUACGUGCGCAAGAACGAGGACCGGUUCCAGAAGAUGCUCCUCGAGCAGUCGACCAAGCCGCUCCACCAGCGCUGCCCCAUCGCGCGGGCGAGCCUGGCCGUGACCAUGGUCCUGUACGAGCACUUCGAGGUCGACAAGUCCGAGGCCGAGGACCUUAAGGGGUUCCAAGGCCUGGACGGGACCAAGAACAGCGACAAGCUCUUCCGGCCGCUGCUCCUCCAGUGGUCGAGGCUGCACACCGCCACCCUGCUGGCCUUGUUCCGCGUGUGGAAGGCCACGGGCGCCGAGCAGGCCGACUUUGACAAGGUGGUCGAGCUGGUGCGCAUCCUCGUCGACCAGGUGGUCGGCCAGGCCCCGCGGACGAAAGACGUCGCCGAGGUGGAGGAGGACUUGCAGGAAUACGACUGCGGCCGGCUCCGCGAGCUGCAGAUGGACCUCCUCGAGCUCUCGUUCGAGGACCAGUGGGGCCAGCAUCUCUUCCGCGUCCGGGACGAGCUCAGACAGGAAGCCCUGCAGUUCGUCAAGGAGCAGAGGAUCCGCUGUCUUUUGCAGGGGUCAUGGUUCUCCAAACCCAUGCCCCGUCGCGACACCCAGCCCACGACGACGGCGGCGACGGCAACGGCGACGCAUAACCGCGACGAUUCCUCCUCUUCGGCUAGGCGGCUUUACACCCCAACACCGUGGCGCUUCGCCCGCCUCUCCCACAACCGCCGCUUCCUGCACUACGACGACUUCGAGACCCGCCCGCCGCAGGACCCCGCCCUGGACGUCCUCGCCGAGAAAGUCGACCUCACCACCAUCAGCUCCGUCGUCUCCAACGUCACCGGCCCCAGCGAGGGCACCGCGGCGCCCGACGCCCGCAGCGCCGCCAGCGGCAACAGCACCAUCAACAACAACAACAACAAGGGCCACGCUCUCCCGGCCGGAACCGCGCCCCCGACGUCCACGACCAAGAUCACCGUCUUCAGCUACGCCCACCCUCCCGAGACGGCUACUGCCGCCGACGCAGGCGCACAGUCGCCGAACCAACCGCGCGAAGUACGCGAAGUACGCGAAGCACCCGUGCUGACGCUGUUCCCGCUCGACCACAGCGUCGCGUCCGAGUGGCUGGACGGGCUGCUCAUGCUGCUGAACCAGGCGCCCAUCACGGCGGAGACUAACAAGCUCGUCGGGCUGGUGAGCGAGUAUGGGCUCAAGAUCAGGUUGCUGAACGUGCGCGUCGAUGCGGCGUAUGCGGGGCCGCCUCUGGGGGCGGGGGUCGUGCCGAGUCGGGAGGGGUUGGAUGAGGAUUAUUACUAUGAGGUGUGA